AUGGUCAGAUAUACUAUAUGCAUUGGAUUAGCCGAGCCCUGUGUCGACCACCUCAUUGAAUUUUCAAAAAUCGUCGAAGCAUACAAGAUUAAGCUACUGUCUGCUCGAACACAAGGGGAUGCAACAAUCAAUGGGGGUGCUGUGGAUGAUAUGCACAUUGGAAAAGAACACCAAUUUGAAUCAUUCGUCGGCAUGGCCGCUCCUCGAGAGGUAAACAUUCACCCACCGACCCAGUCCAAGAACAAAGGUAGCGGUAAGAGACUAAAGAGUGCGAAAGAGAAAGGGAUUGAAGGGUCGAAAAAGAAACGAAGGACAUGCAAGUCAUGUGGUGAAAUGACAGGCCACAACGCACGUACAUGCCCCAAGAAGCAUCAGACAUACAUGUCGAAUCCAACCGCGGAACAUGCGACAAGCGAGGCGACAAGGGGAUGA